UCACAGAAUGAUUUUAUUAGGGGAAAAAAAUGGAGAGGGGGCAGAGAGAGAGAAGCGUGAUGAGGAUCUGGAUGUUAAGGGUUCUUCUGAUGCUAUUUAGCUUCCUUGGCAGAAUCUCGUCGCUGUCGGUGACGGUCAACGACGUCGAGUGUGUCUACGAGUAUGUGCUUUACGAGGGCGACACCGUCUCUGGAAACUUCGUGGUCGUCGACCACGACAUCUUCUGGAGCUCCGAUCACCCCGGCAUCGAUUUUACCGUGACAUCUCCAGCAGGUAAUAUGGUGCACACUCUGAAGGGAACAUCCGGGGACAAGUUUGAGUUUAAGGCCCCACGAAGCGGAAUGUAUAAAUUCUGUUUUCAUAAUUCUUAUGCGACACCAGAGACUGUUUCUUUCUACAUACACGUUGGCCAUAUUCCCAAUGAGCAUGACCUGGCCAAAGAUGAACAUUUGAACCCAAUAAACGUUAAAAUCGCUGAACUGAGAGAGGCACUGGAGUCUGUUACAGCGGAGCAGAAGUACUUGAAAGCACGUGAUGCUCGACAUCGCCGUAACACCAAUCAGACAUGGGAAUUUCCCACAUGCAAGAUGCCUGUGUAUCUGUUUUAUAGGUGUACUGCGGGGAAUAUGAAUAUAUGCAAAUGAGAGCACCCGAAAACGAGUUGUGUUCUACACCGUUGGAGAGUACAUCUUGCUGGCCGCUGCAAGUGCUCUACAAGUCAUCUAUAUACGGCAGCUUUUCAGCAAAUCAGUAGCAUACAACCGAGUUUGAGUUGUCUGAUUAAUUUUAGCGUCUGCUUAGCAACAAAAUGAGGCUUAUAGUUGAGUUCCUUUUGUGGUGCGAAAUGCAUUGGUUUAUGCUAUUGACUUAUUGCUUCUCAAGUACAAGAGUUUUAGACA